AACCGCUCGCCUCCGCAAGGGUUUUACUUCGCUGUUAACUUGACGUAGGCAAGCGAGCGGCUGGAAGGAGCUGGCAAUGGCGUUCUCCUCCUCCUCGACCUGCUCGAGAGCUUUCUACCACGAAUCUUCUUCCCUCAAUGCUGCCCGUUCCGGUUCGUUCGAGAUCAAGGGUAUGAGGAUCCAAUCCAACACCAAUCCCAGUCCACUCGGUCUUAGUUCUUCCAUCCCAAAAUCCCUCUUUGUGUCCCCUUUCAUGGCUCCUGGACGUAGUCUUUUCCAUCAGAUGAGGGAGUGGAGUUUCUUUUCGGCCCUUGAUCAUGGUAAUGGAGCCGGCGGCGACGAUGGACGACGAACUAGCGGAGGAGGUGGCGGCGAAGAAGGGGAUGCUGAUGAUAGUGAAGAGAAGGAAUUUGGACCAAUUAUGAAGUUUGAUGAGGUAAUUAGGGAAACGGAGGCUCGUGGCGUCAGCCUACCUCCUGAUAUGUUGGAGGCGGCGAAGCUUACAGGAAUACGGAGGGUUCUUCUCUUCAGAUACUUUGAAUUGGAGGCUGCGUGGUGGCCGCUUGGUGCUUCCAUUAGGAGUUGCUCCUUGCUUCGUUAUCGGAUGCUUGCUGACACAUCAUUUCUUUUUAAAGUGGCAACCGAGGUAAUUAUUGAUUCUUGUUGUGCAACUUUUGCGGAAGUUCAAAAGAGGGGGAAAGAUUUUUGGGCCGAGUUUGAGUUGUAUGCUGCGGACCUCUUGGUUGGGAUAGUCGUUGACAUUGCUCUAGUGGGAUUAUUGGCACCCUAUGUAAGGAUUGGACGGUCAUCUGCGGCAGCAGUGGGUUUUUGGGGAAACCUUAUGCGUGCCUCUGAAGCAUUGCCUAGCAGUGUUUUUGAGGCUGAAAGGCCGGGCUGCAAAUUUACAAUUCGACAACGCAUAGGGACAUAUUUUUAUAAGGGAGUUCUGUAUGGGUCAGUUGGAUUUGUUUGUGGUAUUAUAGGCCAAGGUAUUGCCAACUUAAUAAUGACGGCUAAGAGGAGUGUAAAGAAAUCAGAUGAAGAUAUACCAGUUCCACCUCUGGUCAAAAGUGCAGUUCUUUGGGGUGUCUUUCUGGCAAUAUCUUCCAAUACUCGUUAUCAGAUUAUUAAUGGACUAGAACGAGUUGUUGAGGCAUCACCAGUUGCCAAACGUGUGCCUCCUGUGGCUAUGGCUUUCACUAUUGGGGUCCGGUUUGCCAACAACAUCUACGGAGGCAUGCAAUUUGUCGACUGGGCUCGAUGGAGUGGUGUUCAAUGAGGAUCCAUAGGAUAUUGAUGUCGCAUUAUAAAAUUUGCUGUGUCGCGUUGCUGGAAUUGCUCGUUUGAUGCUGUUUAAUUUAGCGCGAUAAAACAACAUUGAUUCAGUUCAAAAGAAAAAGCAACUAGUCGACUUAAUCGUCAUCUAGCUAGAUAGUGCCGUCAAUGUGGUUGAAAAAAUUACAGUUUUUCUUAUAUUUUUCCUUGUAUUAACUGUGAAUGGUAGGAUUCCUAUUGAUCUUAUCCUGUUUUUAGAUUAUUCUAUUGACUAUUUCGAAAUUUCAAGAUUAUUCUUUAUUGAAAUGUAUUUAGUGCACUCAGUUCCUUCGGUUUCUUAUAUUGAACUCUAGAAGAUGCUUCAAUGUUCUAUGCA